UUUUAGAAGCCAUCAAAACCCUUUAACCGAAAACAACACAGAAUCAAAACCAGCCUCCAUUCCUUUCUCAAUCACCCGGUGCAUCUGAGCUUUCUGCACCAUCCUUCUUCUUUACCAAACUUUGAACCUCUGUAAACCCUAACAGCUACUGUUUUUAGCGAGAAUACGCUUUUUGGCAAGUCACGCACAAGAAGCCCAAUUUUAAACUUACCUGAGAAAGACAUAAAAAGGGAGAAAAACGCCGAAUUGAUGCUGCAGAUCAACCACUGUUCAGGCAUUUCGAGAAGUAAUCCACCAAAAACCCUAAAUCAGAACCAUUCCCUUUUAGGGUGGUAAACUGAAGCCGUAUCAGAAUGAUUAAUGGUUGUAUUCACUAUGCAGCAGCAGACACCUUCUGCACUAUCCUCACACCAGAAUCCUCAUCCCCCCGCCAUAGUUAGGUCCACCACAUCCGCCACCCACCCGUCUCCUCUCUCUCUAGCUCCUAUUUCCGUGCAAACAGGCCCCGGUUUGUCUGGCCAGCCGCCUGCAUCGCCGGCUGUCGAUCAUGUAAUCAUGCCGGUGGCCCCGAUCGUGGCCGCGAAUCCCUCGGGUGACCCCGUAGUGAGGAUGGGAGCUCCACUGGCGAGGGUUAGAUUAUCGGAUAUUGUGCCUUAUGAUGGGGUCCCUGUCGGUCCCUACGCGAGGGCUGUGGAGGCGCUGUCGGGGUCUUUGAUGAGGCACAAUGCAGCGGUUAUCGAAUUGGGGAGUGACGACGCGGCAUUGAUGAGGUGUGGACUUGAAGCUGCACGCUUGUAUUUCAGAAGUGUGCCACAGAGUGUUUGGAAGGCCAAUCGGGGGCUUUAUAUGUACAGGGCUGGAAGGAGUCUUUAGAAGUUUUAUUGAAUCAAGAAGCGGAGAUCAACUUAUUG